CAUGGAGCCCAACGGGACGGCGGCGGCGGGGGACAACGGGACGGCGGCGGCGGCGGGCGGCGGGGGAGCGCCCGGGAGCGGCCCCCUGCUCAUCCCCUCGGCCUUCGGGACGGUGCUGUCGGUGAUGUACGUGGCCGGGGUGGCCGGCAAUGUCUACACGCUGGUGGUGAUGUGCCACUCGGCGCGCUGCGCCGCCCCCAUGUACAGCUCCAUCGUCAGCCUGGCCCUGGCCGACCUGCUCUACCUCUCCACCAUCCCCUUCAUCGUCUGCACCUACCUGGCCCAGGACUGGUACUUCGGGGACCUGGGGUGCCGCAUCCUGCUCAGCCUGGACCUGCUCACCAUGCACGCCAGCAUCUUCACCCUGACCCUCAUGUGCACCGAGCGCUACCUGGCCGUCACCCGGCCCCUGGACACCCUGAAGCGGUCGCGGGGCUACCGCAAGGUCACGGCGGGGGCCGUGUGGUCGGUGUCGCUGCUGCUCACGCUGCCCAUGAUGCUGAUGGUCACGCUGACCGAGGGGGGCAAGGCGGAGGGCAAGGUGAAGAGGAUGUGUGCGCCCACCUGGAGCGUGGACGCCUACAGGACCUACCUGACCGUGCUCUUCAGCACCAGCAUCAUGGCCCCGGGCAUCAUCAUCGGCUUCCUCUACACGCGCCUGGCCAGGACCUACCUGGAGUCCCAGAGGAACCCCCCCCACAAGGAGAAGAGCAAGAGGUCCCCCCGGCAGAAGGUCCUCAUCAUGAUUUUCAGCAUCGUGCUGGUCUUCUGGGCCUGCUUCCUGCCCUUUUGGAUCUGGCAGCUGGUUCGCCUCUACAGCAGCUCUCUGCAUCUCACCACCCAAACCCAGAAGUGCAUUAACUACCUGGUGACCUGCCUGACCUACAGCAACAGCUGCAUCAACCCUUUCCUCUACACCCUGCUCACCAAAAACUACCGGGAGUACCUGCGCAACCGGCACCGCAACUUCUACAGGUUCACGUCGUCCUUCCGCAAGAGGGGCUCCAACCUGCAGUGCUCCUGGGGCCGCUCCAUGUCCUCCAGCAACCAGUACGACUACAGCUCCGAGGCGCUGGGCAUGGCCACGCUCAAGGACAAGUGAGGAAGAGGAGGCGCUGCCAACACGCAGAGAGCAGCAGAGCGUCCGGCCAAGGUAGGGCUGUGGGGACCCCCUGGCCCUGAAGGGUUCUGGAAACUCUGCUCUCUCUCUGGAGAGGGGCAAGAAGUUGUGUGGAUCCGAGUGCUGCUGAUGAGUCUGGAGUUCCAUCUGGCUGAGGGAUGUUGAGGGGGGUCCUGCCAGGAGCCAGCAGCUGUUUGGGACAAAUCCUGCAGGGGUUGGGGUGCAGAAGAUGAGGUGGAUGCUCUGCUCGGUUCUGCCACGAACUGGUUUCACAUCUGGCUGAGUUUCGGCUCCAGCCCCACACACCAUGUGGUUUCUCAGUGCUGUCCUGGGGCUACAGCUGGGUCAGAGCUGCAGAAAUCUGAAAUUGGCCCUGCAGGGUUUGGGGUGGAUGUUCUGCUGAAGGUUGUGCCAUGAACUGCUUUCACACCUGGCUGAUUUCAGCUCCAGCCCUGCACACCGUUUUUCUCUCGUGUGGUUUCUCAGUGCUGUCCUGGGGCUACAGCUGGGUCAGAGAUGCAGAAAUCUGAAAUUGGCCCAGGAUCACUUAACUGAGCUGCCAGCCUCGGGUUUGCCCUGUGUGUUACUUGUAAAGAGACUUUAAAGCCCCUUUUCCUAUUUCCUGUUACAUUAUGAUGCACUACUGUUCUAUCAAGCUUAAAGUCUCUAUUUUAAAAUUCAUUGCAGCAGCACUUUGAAUUCCAAGCAUUCAAAAACCUCCAGGUAAGCUGUUAGAAACCACAAGAUUACCUAAAAAAAAUAAAAAAAGGUUGUGAUUUUUUAAGGUUUCUACCUAAGGUGGUUUGAAUUUGCCACUGAUUUUUUCUUCUUGAAAAAAAGUUUAAAAGUUGGUCCUUUUCUUAAAAGUCAACAGAGCUUGACAAACCUGCAAAUUUACCUUGGAAGAAAUAAAAAAUUAUUUAUAAUCCUAUCACUCAAAGACCUGAGGCUCUAAGAAAAAUGACUGAAUCCUAUACCAUGAAACUCAUCAUAAAAGAGACAAAUUUUUUCAUGACAUUUGAUCAAACCCAAUGUUUUGCCUCAAUGUAUUCUGCUCAUUUUCUCCCUGCUUGGCAUCUCACAGUAAAACCUUCAGCACAGAUCCUGGAGAUGCCUGUAAGCACUUAAACAAUUGUAAAGUGUCAGUUUAUAAAUAAAUGCUUAUUAAAAAUGGA